AUGAGUGUGUUUAGUGAAUCAGUGUCAGUGAUGAAGGGAGAUUCUGUCACUCUACACACUGAUCUUACUGAAAUACCUAAACAUGAUGAGAUAGUGUGGACCUUUGGAUCCAAUAAGUCUCUGAUAGCUAAAAUCAAUAAAGCUGCUGGAGUCUUCUCCACAUUUGAUGUUCCUGAUGAGAGAUUCAGAGACAGACUGAAGCUGGACAGACAGACUGGAUCUCUGACCAUCACAGACAUCACAACUCAACACGCUGGACUCUAUGAACUAGAGAUACAUGGAGGAAAACUGACAUCACAAACAUAUCAUGUUUCUGUCUAUGCUCGUCUGCCUGUUCCUGUCAUCAGCAGAAACUCUUCACAAUGUUCUUCAUCAUCAUCUUCAUCACAGCAGAAUUGUUCACUGGUGUGUUCAGUGGUGAAUGUGGGUCAUGUGACUCUCUCCUGGUACAAAGGAAACAGUUUAUUGUCCAGCAUCAGUGUGUCUGAUCUCAGCAUCAGUCUCUCUCUACCUCUGGAGGUGGAAUAUCAGGAGAAAAACAGCUACAGCUGUGUGAUCAACAAUCCCAUCACAAACCAGACCACACAUCUGGACAUCAGCAAACUCUGUCAACCAUGUGCAGUUAACUCUGUAGUUGUGUCUGCUGCUGCAGUGAAGUCAGUGUCAGUGCUGGUGGGAGAUACAGUCACUCUACAGACUGAUCUUACUGAGAUACAGAUAGGUGAUGAGAUGCAGUGGAGGUUUGAACAUCAGAACACUCCUAUAGCUGAAAUCAACAGAGCUACGGAAAUCUUCAUCACAUCUGACCGAUUCAGAGACAGACUGAAGCUGGAUCAUCGGAAUGGAUUUCUGACCAUCACAAACAUCACAACUCAACACGCUGGACUUUAUGAAGUUGAGAUCAGCAGUACCAUCAGCAGUUACGUCAUACACCACACACAGUCAUUCAGAGUGACUGUCAGGGAUGCAGUGAAGUCACUGUCAGUGAUGGAGGGAGAAUCUGUUACUCUGCCAAUUACUGAAAUAAAGAAUCAUGAUCUGAUAUGGUGGAUGUUUGGAAACAUUCGCCUAGCUGAAAUAGAUAAAGCAGAACAACACUUCUCCAUAUAUGAUGGUCCUGAUGAGAGUUUCAGAGACAGACUGGAGCUGGAUCAUCAGACUGGAUCUCUGAUCAUCACAGACACCAGAACCACAGACUCUGGACUUUAUGAAGUGAAGAUCAUCAGCAGCAGACACAUCGUAAACAGUAUAUUCACUGUUACUGUCACUGAAACAUACAUAAACACUGCAUACACCCCACGUGGGACGGCAUCUUCUUCAAAUAACUAUCCAGAUCCACGUCUGUCUCCAGAUGAUCUAGAUCCAUGUCUGUCUUCAGCGGUUCCAUAUUCACGUCUGUCUUCAGAUGGUCUAGAUCCAGGUCUGUCUCCAGCUGCUGUAGCAGGGAUCGGUGCUUUUUGUUUUCUGCUGGGUGCUGCUGUGGGUGCUGCAGCUGGUGUGAUUUGCUAUCGCUACAAGAGGUCUAAGGAUUCAAAAGAUAACCAGAUGCAAAACCAGCCCUUAAAAAGACAAUUGGGUAAGUAUUACAGCUGAUACAGAAACAGAAAAAUCAUUUAUUGUACACAGUUUAAAUACAUUAGUAUA